UUCCCAAAGCAGCUCAAAAGCUUGGAUCUUACAUAGUCUUUUUUUGGUAACACUAUUGUCCCGAGUCUCAUCACAUACAAGAAUGGGAUUCCGCUUACCUGGUAUGAGAAAGGCAUCAUUUGCUACAAACGAAGCAUCUUCAAAAGGUAUGGAGGUGGCAAAGGGUCACCUUGCAGUCUAUGUUGGAGAGAAAAUGAAGCGUUUUGUAAUCCCUGUGUCAUUCUUGAACCAACCAUCAUUUCAAGACUUGUUGAGUCAAGCAGUAGAAGAAUUUGGGUAUGAUCACCCAAUGGGUGGUCUCACAAUUCCUUGCGGAGAGCAUGAGUUCUUGGAUAUCACUUCUCGUUUGAUGAGGAUCUAAUCCAUGAAGACGAGACUGAUGAAAAUGUAUAGACACAAUUUUUUGUAGCAUAUUUUGUUACCUUGAAAAUUUCUGUCCGUUUUUGUUAUCUAUGUUGGGACAGUAUAAAAGCUUUAUGAGAAAUUUCGUACAUGAAGAGUUUUCUCACAUAUAUUCUUCAUCUGUCAUUCUGAUCUACCUAUUAGUUGUUGAAUAAGAAAUUAG